AUGUUAUUGGUCGUUUCGGUCAAUUUUCGCCAUUUUUGGUCGGACCGUUGGCGAUGUAACAUCUAUGUCGGUUGCGUCUCCAGAAUUUUUAAGGAAAAGUGCCUUUUUCUUGUAUAUUGUGCUCGGAAAUCAUGUGUAGUGCAUAGCUGGACUCUUAGAGAAGAUUAUGCCAGAAAUUAUCCAGGGUUACGGACAUCCAAGGACCACGCUGCCAGUGAAGAAGGAGAUGACGAACAACACACCAACACAACAACAGAUCUUCAAGUCGGAAAGAAACCAGGCUGCCUUUGGAUGGAAUGGACCAAGGAUCGGUAUGGGUCUGGACACGUCAUAUAGCUCAGGUCGUACCUGAGCUCGGGCGCUGUAUCCAGACGUGCUGCACUCCGGGAGUGAAUG